CGUAUUACUCAUCACACAUUGUCUUACACGUGUAUAUAAAUACACAAGGGCAUGUGUGUAUCUAUCUCCUUGUUCCUCUGUUUCUCUGCCUUGACGUGCGGCCUAUCGUAGAAGAAGAAGAAGACAAACAAAACCAGAAAAAGGAUAUCGGCGGGCCGAAUUAACUCGCCGGGAAAUGGGGAAAGCUAGAGGAGUUAACAGCGGCGGAGGAGAGAGCUCUCUCGGUUACCUAUUCGGAUCCGGCGAGUCAGUUUCCAAACCGAACAAGCCCGCCGUUAACACAAGCUUUACCACCACCACAACAACAACAACCACCACCAACGGAGCUGGAGGCAAACCCACGACCACCUCCACAACAAACACUACCACCGGAGAUAAAAACAAGACGGAGGAGGAGAAGAAACAGAUGUCGGCAGGUGUAAGAGGAAGCCCUAAUAAUUACUUGAGAACAGAGGGACAAAACUGUGGCAACUUCCUCACGGAUCGACCAUCGACGAAGGUUCAUGCUGCACCAGGUGGAGGAUCUUCUCUAGGUUACUUGUUUGGAUCUGGAUCUGGCAAAUGAUUUUGACUUUCCACGACGACCUGAAUCGUGUUUAAAAACAAGUGUAAAAAAUUGUUAACUUUAUUUUCUAUCUUUGAAACUGGUGAUCGAUUUGUGUGUUCUGUAAGCAUUGUUUUUUGGAUUUGGCCGUUUCUUGUGUUCCUGACAAAAAUUGUCAAUCUAUGUUUCCAAACUGGAAGCUUUCUCAGGAAUGUGUUUCUAAGUUUCUAGCAAAAUCAUUCGUUGGUUAAAA